AUGGCCGAUCCCAGAGCCAUUGUCGCACUGGUUAUUCUUCUGUUCAUCUUCUUCUCGCCACCACCUGGACAGGAACCUCUGGUACUCGCUCGCUCCCGCCUCGAACACAUCGUCGCUUCCGAACGCCAUGACUUGACCGUCCUCAAUCAGACACAUUUGGGUGACUUCGACCCGGCACAGCACAGAUGGCUCAAUAUCAGCGGAUUCCGGGAGAACGACACGUUUGCGUGGCAAGCACUGCCUCUGAUCAAGGAACGAGCCAGGCACCAAUUCGCACAUGUCUUGGGCCACGAGAACCUGGCGCGUCUUGACGGCGAGCAUGCCGACCAAACACCACUACCACUAUACCGAAAUUUGACUGGAACCAUGUACGGCGAAUGGGUUCGCUCGCCCAUUCAGACAUCAGUUGUGCCGCCCAAGCUGAACAUGUCUGAAUAUGCCGCCAUCGGUCCAUUCGGACCCAUCCCGAUUGAUUCUUUCAGCAAGAACGUUACCGCAAAGUCUGGAUUGCUCGAAGUCUGGUUUGAAGAGGCGGAUACACAAGCGACACUGCUCUUACGUGGGGACAAGGGUGUGGCUAGGGAGGUCAAGGCCCAGGUCACGGUCAGAGACGGAGAUGUGGGCGACUCGUGGCACAGCAGGUUGUUUGGUGUGCACUUCCUUGACACUGGCAACAUCAUGUUGGCUACAACUACGGACAAAUUCGCUGGCAUAUUUGGCCUGCCACACAUGGCUCUCUCGAGCCACAACUAUCGCUCUGCACAAGAGUUACUCAAUCGCACGCUCGCAAUGUCUAUCGAACAACAGGAAGACGGUCUCCUUCAGAACUUCAGACCGUGGGGCCCAGCUGCUGAAGGUACAUCCGAGUCCGCGUUGGCUCCCAUUUGUGACUUGGUUGUCUACUUGCAGCAGCACCUAGUUCCGGUGCCUGGCGUCAAGCCCGGGCCAGAUCAGGAAUCGCUUUUGUCCUUCAUCGAGAAUGAAAUUCGAUUUCCAACUGGUGCCUCGAUUCCACCCACUCAACAAAUGGUCUUCUCCAUGGUGGCAUUCUCGCCUGAUUGUGGUUUCGUGAUCGAGUCCAAAGGCCCACCAGAUUUUGCUCCACAGGAAGCUAACCACUUGCGUGGCCUCAAGAUGGAGGUUGAGUAUGAGCGUGCGAGAAGUCACCUGCUGCUCUUCGCUGCCGUCGUCGGUGGUCAGCUGUUCUUCUUCCUGCGUCAGAUGCGGGAUGCAAGCACUCCUUCUACAAGAAGCAGAAUCAGCUUUUACACCAUCAGCAUGUUAUCUCUAGGUGACGGCUUCACUACGAUGGUGUUCUGCUUGAUCAGUCUGUUCGUCCAGGCUCUUUGGGUGCCGCUGAUUGCCACUGCCUUCCUGGCUUUCAUGAGCGUGAGCUUCUUCGGUAUGAGGUUCCUAAUGGAUAUAUGGGCAGUUCAGGCACCCGAAAGGGAGCGUAGGGAGAGACAGGAACGACAACGGCAACAGCAACAGCGACCUACUGCUAUACCUACAGCGCCGACUUUACCGAUCAUCACUCCCGCAGGAGCAGAUACACUGCCUCAACCUGUGACAACAGGACGACCAAUUGAUACUGGAGCUACACCAAUCUUUAUACCUUCCGAUCAGGACAUGCAGGCCGAGGAAGAUGCCCCCAACGCUGCAGCCACAGGAGUGGAAGCAGGUCAACGUGCUUCAGGCUUUGGCUCUCUUUACACCCGCUUCUACUUCCUUCUUUUGGCAACGCUUUUCCUCUCACUCAAUGCAACCUCAUGGCCGCCAGGUCUCCGGCGAGGUUACUUCACCAUUUUGGCAUUCUGCUACUUGUCCUUUUGGGUACCGCAGAUCCAUCGCAACUGCAUGCGUAAUUGUCGACAUGCACUCCGAUGGGACUUUGUGGCCGGUCAAUCGUUGCUGCGACUAGUGCCUUUUGCUUAUUUCUACGGCUAUGAGCAGAACAUUCUGUUUGCUGUCGUCGACUUGAUCGAUCUCGGUGUGUUGGCUGCUUGGAUUUGGAUUCAAGUGUUGUUGCUGUUAAGUCAGGAAAUCAUCGGUCCUCGUUGGUUUGUAAGUUGGACUUGGGUACCGCCUGCCUAUGACUACCAUCCUAUUCUCCGCGACGACGAGGAAGCGAAUAACUUGCCCAUUGGAGCGACUACCUCGAUGCCGUCUGCCGAACAGGAAAAGGAGGCCAAGGACAAAGGCAAGCGUGUCUUUGAUUGCGCUAUCUGUAUGCAUGAGAUCGAGGUGCCUGUGCUGCAUGGUGAUUCUGCUGCCGAAGGACUUUCAACUGGAUCAUUGGUUCUGGAGCGCAGGAAGUAUAUGGUUACGCCUUGUAGACAUAUCUUCCAUUCUAGCUGUUUGGAGGGCUGGAUGAAGUUUAGACUCGUGUGUCCGAUUGACCGCGAGGAGCUGCCUCCACUGUAA